AUGUCGGCCCUUACCCAAGCCUUUUCCUACAUCACCGGCUUUUUCACGCCGCCCAUGACGACGGAGACGCCAACUUCGUACUCUCAGACAAUCGCCGGCCAGCCCAAGAAGCCCGUCGAGGCCGGCGAGAGUUACUUUCCUGAAUCCGCCACCCGCAGAUCGUCUCUGUCUUCCACGUCGACUGGCUCUGACGAUUCGUUGCCUGCCCCAAAGCUGCCACGCUCGCAGACUGGUGACAACCCACUCGACGCCAUGAUGCGCCAGUACCCGCGACCUGUCCAGGAAAUUGACGUUGCCAGACAGCUGGCCCUCGCUCCGCCCAAGCAUUCUCUGCACAGCUCCCUCAAGAGAGCUGCUACCGCCGACCGCGCCAUCGUCAUCGAAGAUGCCGAGACCAAGGCCAGAAAGAUGGCGGCAGCAAAGGCCGAGCUGCUGGCCCUCGCUGGAAAGCCCUAA